AUGAUUCCUCGAACCAGCAUCGAAGAAGCCAACAAGCAUUUGGUUCUUCUCCACAAACGUGUAACAGAACUCGAGAAAACAGUGAAGGAACAACACGAGGCUUUGAUUGCCAAAGAUCAGUUCCUUCAAACCAAGGUGACAGAAAUUUCGUCUGCUAAGAAUGCAGAAUUGGAUGAAUUGCGGCUAAAACUGAGUGAUGGCGAAAGGACGAUGUUUGUGUUACAACAACAGAUGGAACAAAAAAAUAGAGCAUUAGAGAUUUUACAGCGUAAUUAUAGUAAUUUAAAAUCUCUGCUCUUGCAUAAAACAAACGUUAGACUUUUGCUGAAAGCCAUGGAAGAAACAGAGGGCCGGCUAAUUGAUGAUGCUACGGAGUCAGAGACGGAGAUGCAGAAUUAG